GUACAGUGGUUAGGACAUUGAGCAGCUUAUUCGUGGACAUUCAGAGGACAAUUGUCUCACAUAGCGGCUCAAAACACCCCGUGGACUGGACGGAAAGCAACUCAUACAAGACUACAACGGAUUUCUAACAUCCACGCAUUUGUUUUGAUUGAAUUGCGUCGAGUAUUUUAUAUAAUAUAGCGAAUUUAGACGCUUUUUUUCAACAUAACUUGCUUUUUUACAUAACUUCUGCUCUUUAACCUUCAUAUUACAGGCUAUUUAACCACUGUAACUACUACUACUACUACUACACUGCUUUAACUAGUGUUUGUAGAGUGUAUUUAUACUUAUAGUGUUUUAUAUAUUGUAUAAUUAUACAAUCUUUGUCAGAAUAAGAAGUUAUACAAUACGAAACGAGGUUACAGCAGCCUCAGCGACGCCGGGUCCUAACGCCGCCGGUCUCCUGCACAAAUGGUUCAGCAGCCAGCUGUUUUUCAAUAUUUCACCAUCAUGGAGAAGGUGCUGUUAGAGCAAGGUUAAACCAACUUGGACUGGAAAUUUGUGUGCUAAAAUAGCAUCUUUCUUCAGAUAUAUUGCACUUUUUUUCCUCUUGGAUAUAUAUAUAUUUGUUAUUACUAACAGUGAGAUUAAGAGAGAGGAGUGAGCACACACACAACAAGAAAAGGACUCUGCACAUUUUUAAAGAAGGACUCAUCCAGUUGAGUAAUGGUCAUUAAUACCGUCCACUGGUUCAGGAAGGGCUUGCGGCUCCACGACAACCCGUCCCUCAAGGAAUCUCUGCAGGGAGCCGACACCGUCCGGUGCGUCUACAUCCUCGACCCCUGGUUCGCUGGUUCUUCCAACGUUGGGAUCAACAGGUGGAGGUUCUUACUGCAGAGUCUUGAGGACUUGGACUCCAGCCUCCGUAAGCUUAACUCACGACUGUUCGUGAUCCAAGGCCAACCCACCGAUGUCUUUCCCAGACUUUUCAAGGAAUGGAACAUUUCUCGUCUGUCUUAUGAGUACGACUCUGAGCCCUUUGGGAAAGAACGAGAUGCAGCUAUUAAGAAGCUGGCCUGUGAGGCCGGAGUGGAGGUGACAGUUCGCAUCUCCCACACACUCUACGACCUGGACAAGAUCAUAGAGUUAAAUGGAGGUCAGUCUCCUCUCACCUACAAGCGGUUCCAGACCCUCAUCAGUCGUAUGGAGCCUGUGGAGAUGCCCGCAGAGUCCAUCACUGCUGACAUCAUGGGGAAAUGCAGGACGCCACUGUCCGACGACCACGAUGACAAGUUUGGUGUCCCCUCCUUGGAGGAGCUGGGUUUUGAUACUGAAGGUCUGUCCACAGCCGUGUGGCCGGGAGGAGAGACCGAAGCCCUCACACGACUCGAGAGGCAUUUGGAGAGGAAGGCGUGGGUGGCCAACUUUGAGCGUCCCAGAAUGAACGCCAACUCGCUGCUCGCCAGCCCGACGGGCCUCAGCCCGUACCUGCGCUUCGGCUGCCUCUCCUGUCGCCUGUUCUACUUCAAACUCACCGACCUCUACAAGAAGGUGAAGAAGAACAGCUCGCCGCCUCUCUCGCUCUACGGUCAGCUGCUGUGGCGCGAGUUCUUCUACACGGCGGCCACCAACAACCCCUGCUUCGACAAGAUGGAGAGCAACCCCAUCUGCGUUCAGAUCCCGUGGGACCGCAACCCCGAGGCGCUGGCCAAGUGGGCGGAGGGCCGAACGGGCUUCCCGUGGAUCGACGCCAUCAUGACGCAGCUGAGGCAGGAGGGCUGGAUCCACCACCUGGCGAGGCACGCCGUGGCCUGUUUCCUGACCAGAGGAGACCUGUGGAUCGGCUGGGAGGAGGGCAUGAAGGUAUUCGAGGAGCUGCUGCUGGAUGCAGACUGGAGUGUGAAUGCAGGCAGCUGGAUGUGGCUCUCCUGCAGCUCUUUCUUCCAGCAGUUCUUCCACUGCUACUGCCCCGUGGGGUUCGGCCGACGCACCGACCCCAAUGGAGAUUACAUACGGCGCUACCUGCCCAUUCUGAGAGGGUUUCCAGCCAAGUAUAUUUACGAUCCCUGGAACGCUCCAGAGAGCGUGCAGAAGGCAGCCAAAUGUAUCAUUGGAGUGCAUUACCCCAAACCCAUGGUGAACCACGCAGAGUCCAGUCGUCUCAACAUCGAGCGAAUGAAACAGAUCUACCAGCAGCUCUCCUGUUACAGAGGCCUCGGCCUUUUAGCUACAGUUCCGUCAGUUCCGCCCACCUCUAACGGUAACGGCGAGAUGUCCACAGACGGGAUGGGGUUCCCUGCUGAGGCUACACACAACGCUGCAGCUCCAUCUGGCUAUCAGAUGCCGGUUCACUCCCAAGGAGACUGGCAGAACAGCGUCAUGAUGUACCGGCAGGGUGAUCAUCAAACCAGCGUCGGCACACACCAGCAAGGUUAUGCAGGCACCAGCACUAGUAUGAUGUCUUACGCCCAAGGCGCACAUCAGUUUACUGCACUUCAGAAAGCACCUGAACACCAUUUCAUCACUCUGUCCAGUGGCAAACGACACAGCGAGGACUCUGGGAGUGGCAAAGUGUCUAAAGUCCAGAGACAAAGCAUCCACUAGAAGGAGCGUCUGCAGACAAAGAAGCCAGCACUUAAUGGACAUUUAAGGCUUUUUUAUUACUGCACUACACUAUUUGCAUGGACACAACUUCAAGAGGAGCGAUCUUUAAACACAAACACACACAAACACGCACCUGUUUCUCCAGCAACGGGACUGUAUAUUAUCAUCUACUAUCAUGUGGACUGCACCGCCGCCCGGCCAGCGCUGACGUCACUGGAGCAGCUGUUACACUGUGCUCAUCUUUGGAUUAAUGUUGCUGGGACUAAAAGUCUUUGUGUAUAUAAUGAAUUUGCUAAUUUCACAUACAAAUUGUACAUACUUGAAUAUUAUAUGUGUGUUUUCUCUCUUUGUGUAGAUAUAGACCUAUUGAUAUAUUUUUGAUAUGAAAAAUAAUUGUGGAUGGAUCUUUCUUUUUGUUUUUUGGAAGAUUUUCAAUAAAAAUAAAAAACAUUUAUAGUCCGUCCAUUCAGAUAAAAAAGGUGAUAAAUCUUCUAUCUAUUCUAAUGCACCUGCCUGUCCUCAUUUAUUGCACUUCCUGUCCAGGAUAUCCAUCAACACAAGUGUUUUAAUCAUUCCCUCUCUCUCCAUCUCAGUACUAGUAGACUCAUGUUAAUCCGUCCCGCUGUAGAGGCAAUAUCAGACUGACGUUAACUAUCAAUGUCAAAGGUUAUAGAGAGAAGACGACAGGAAUACAGACUCUUAUAUCAUGCUGUCCCCACUAAAUGUACCACUUGAGAGAACUGCUUCACUGGCGUCUUGUUCCUUCUCAAUGUGCUUGUUUCAUUAAAACUGGUUUAAAUAUACAAA